GAGAUCAUCCCGAACGUCAUGGCGAGCAUUCGGGGGAAUCCGGCCACGAUCCUUCAGGCGCCCACUGGCGCAGGCAAGACGACCAUCGUGCCGCUCGCAGUGCUGGAUACUGGCACCGUCCAGGGCAAGGUCCUGGUGCUGCAACCGCGCAGAAUCACCUGCGUGAGCGUUGCCAGGCGGAUGGCGUUCCUGUCCGGAGAGCCCCUGGGCGAGUUCGUUGGAUACCGCAUUCGGCAUGAUGUCAAGGUCAGCAACAGGACACGCAUAGAGGUGGUGACGGAGGGCGUGCUGUUGCGGCUGCUGCAGCAGAACCCCAGCCUCGAGGGGUACGGUGCCAUCUUCUUCGACGAGUUCCACGAGCGAAACCUCGAUUCCGACUUGAGCUUUUCGAUGUGCUUGGCGGCCCAGCGCGCCCGUAAUCUGCAAUUCAAGCUCGUCGUCAUGAGCGCCACCUUCGGCACUUUGUCGUCUCGCCUGAGCGAGAUCCUGAAGGAUGCGGACACCGUCGUCAGCGAGGGCACCACGUUCCCGGUCGAGGUCGUGCACAGGGACGUCAUCCCCGACCUGGGCAACUGGGACUCGAAGGGCGUCAUGCAGUUCGCGGAGGACGUGGCAGGGGUGGUCCGCGGGGCGCUCGACCAGCACGCCGGCGACGUGCUCGUGUUCCUCCCAGGCGAGCGCGAGAUCAUGUACACGUGGAUCGCCCUGAACAAUCUCGGCGUCGGCGACGGCAAGAAGCCCUCCACCAUGGUCGGCUGGGCGAGCCGGCUCAUCGACGAGAGCGCGCCCGACCCCAGCAGGAAGACCACCGUCUGCACCCUCUACGCCACCAUGGACGACGCAGAGCAGGACGAGUCGCUAGCGCCGCCGCCCGCCGGCUGGCGCAAGGUUAUCCUGGCGACGCCCAUCGCGGAGUCCUCCAUCACCGUUCCGAAUGUCCGCAUCGUGGUUGACGCGGGCCUGAAGCGCGUCAGGAUGGACGACCCGCUCACGUGCACGAACAGGAUGGUGACGGUGCCGGUGUCGGUCGCCUCCGCCGACCAGCGCAAGGGGCGCGCCGGGCGCGUGAGCGAGGGCGUCUGCUACCGCCUCUGGAGCGAGCAGCACCACCGGGCACUGGAGAUGAACGACACCCCCGAAAUCCACAGGGCAGAUUUGACCUCGUGCGUGCUGGAGCUGGCCAUCGGGGGCUACCUGUCGAACGGCGAGAUCGCCGCGAUGCCGUGGGUGGACGCGCCGACCGUGGCGAGUCUCGACGUGGGGAGGGAGAUCCUGGCACGCAUGCAGGGGCUCGAGCGGCAGCCGGACGGUGGAUGGGCCCUGACCGAGCGGGGGCGCGGCAUGGCCCGCUUUCCCGUGCACCCGCGGCUCGGGCACGCGAUCCUGCAGGCCAUGCGCGUCUCGGACAGCUUCGCGCGCGACGCGUGCGACCUGGCCGCGCUGAUGGAGGAGAGGGAGCUGCUGCGGGGGGGCCGCGUGAAGCACGGGGCGGACCUCGGGGCCCGCCUCGACGCGCUGCAGGCCACCGAGCACCCCGACUGCCUGCGGGCCGUCCGGGAGCGCGUGCUGCUGGCGUCGGAGCAGCUGCAGCGCAACGGGGAGCUCAGCACCGUGGCCAGCGGCAGGCACCAGAGCUCCCGUGAGCGCAGGUCCCUGUGCGUGCUGCUCGCGUGGGCGUUCCCGGAGCUGCUGGCCGAGGCGGCGCCCGAGGACGGGGAGGGCGGCGGCAAGGGCGGCGGCAAGGGGGCGGCGCAGGCCGCGGAGGGCGGCGGCAAGGGCGGCGGCAAGGGCAGCGGCAAGGGCGGCGCAGCCGGCAGGGGCGGCGGGAGGCCGAGGCCGCUGAGGAGCUUCAGGGUCGCCAACGGCGGCGUGGCUCUCCUGCACAAAGACGACCCGCUCGCCACGGCGAGUCACAUUGCCAUCGCGUCGCUCUCCGAGCAGAGGGUCUUCUGGGCCCUCGAGAUGGAGGCCAGCCUCCUGGAGAAGUAUGGUGUCGAUUUGAAGGAUCCCAAGGCGCACGAGGUAUACCCUGUGGCGGGCUCCUUUGCGGAGACGAACGACGACUCGGACCUGCCGGUGACGGUCCAGCGUUACCUGGUGGGGAAGGACGACUGCAAGGGCGUGGACAGCUCGGAGGCGCUCCUGAGCGCCAUGGAGGGCAGCCCGGGGCAGUUCCCCACCGGCGAGGUCAGGGCCAUGAUGUGGGACCUGGCGUGGGUGGACCCGCCGCAGACGGACAUGCUGCGGAACCUCGCGCGGCAGGUGGUCUCUCCCAGAGCGGGCGAGUUCAAGGCCGACGAGCUUGCCCACAUUGCCUGCUCGCUGGCAGUCGCUCGCGUCUACGACCAGGACGUGUUCGACGCCAUCGCGGCGGCCGUGACUCCUCGAAUCAACGACCUCGAGCUGGACAACGACGCCGGGAACUUGUGCAGCCUGCUCUGGGCGUUCACCGAGGUGGGCGCCUCCAACGCCGACCUCUUCGCGGCACUUGCUGAGCGUGCCGUCGUCGAGAUGCGGGCGUUCCGGCCCGCGGUGCUGUCGGACGUGCGCAACACGUGCUUCUGGUGCUUCAAGAGGGCGUCCGCGAAGUCUUGGUCCACGCAGGGCAAGCAGGACGCUUAUUCCAGAGACUUCGCGCACGGCGUCUUCUUCGAGGCUCUGUCGGCGGCUGUGCUCCAGAACAUCGAUGAGCUCUCUCCGAUCACCUGCGUGUACCUCAUGUGGAGUUUCAGCAAGGCCAGGGUCCACGACCAGGAGCUGUUCGACGCCGUCGAGAGGCGAGUGGGCCGGCAG